UCUCGCCGUGAGUCGGCUGCGUGUGGGAGCGUGCUGCGUGGCCGCGGCGCGUGGCUUGUGGCUGGGCAGCGCGGGGUCGUGCAGCGGGUGCUCGCACCCUUCCCACCCGAGUAAGGGCUUCUCCCGCUGAGCCCCAGUUUCCUCACUUUGCAGAAGCUGAGCACGCCCCGCACGGGGCACCGGGUGCCCUACCGCGCAGCCCUAUUGCCGGCCUUGGUGGUGGUGGUCGGGGGUGUCUCAGCGUUUGGGACGGGGCGGAGGGGGUUCGGCCCCAGACGGUGCGCGACUGACCCUCCCGCACCCAGGGCCCCAACGCGGGCCGGCAUGUUCGUCCUGGUGGAGAUGGUGGACACCGUGCGGAUCCCCCCGUGGCAGUUUGAAAGGAAGCUCAACGACUCCAUUGCGGAGGAGCUGAACAAAAAGUUGGCCAACAAGGUCGUGUACAACGUGGGGCUCUGCAUCUGUCUGUUCGACGUCACCAAGCUGGAGGACGCCUACGUGUUCCCAGGGGAUGGCGCGUCGCACACCAAAGUCCAUUUUCGCUACGUGGUGUUCCAUCCCUUCCUGGAUGAGAUUCUGAUUGGCAAGAUCAAAGGCUGCAGCCCGGAGGGAGUGCACGUCUCUCUAGGGUUCUUCGAUGACAUCCUCAUUCCCCCAGAGUCGCUGCAGCAGCCGGCCAAGUUCGACGAGGCCGAGCAGGUGUGGGUGUGGGAGUACGAGACCGAGGAGGGGGCGCACGACUUGUACAUGGACACCGGCGAGGAGAUCCGCUUCCGGGUGGUGGACGAGAGCUUCGUGGACACGUCGCCCACGGGGCCCAGCUCGGCCGAGGCCGCGUCGUCCAGCGAGGAGCUGCCAAAGAAGGAGGCUCCGUACACGCUUGUGGGAUCCAUCAGUGAGCCGGGCCUGGGCCUUCUCUCCUGGUGGACCAGCAGCUAGCGGACAGCGGUCACCUGUGACCUCCGCCACACGAGGAACCGUCUGUGGGCCUGCUGGCGACGCCAAACCCCAGGCGAGGGCAAACACCGCCUUGUUUAUUCAGCAGAAGGGCUCUGCCACCCGCCUCCCACCUCUUUUCUCGAUUCCGCAGAACCCGCAGCCCGGCUUUAUGGCGCUCACUGGACACGGUGUUUCUGUCAGGCAAGUCUCGCACUGAGGAGGGCCCUCCUCGGAGCCCGCCUCCUGCUCUGGCCUUCUCUGCUCGCACAGGCACCAGGGCGCAGAGGUGUAGGUCCUGCCCGUGGAGCAUCUCCACGGGGUGGGUGUGGGGAGCAGCUGCAGAAAGACGCCCGCCACGGCCUGGUGCCAUAGGGCAGGGGACAGUGCCCAUCCCUGCCCAGCUGUGGCCUUGAGGUGGUCUGUAAGAAGGGGUCUGGGCCCCCCUCAGGGUGUCUGGAGGGGUAACUCCGUGCCCAGGGGCAGGGGAAGUACCAUCUCGGGCCCAGCCUCCUGACACAAGGGGGGCUGUGCAGAUGCUGGGGUACAGGGAGGGGAGGCCGAGAAGACACGGGAAAGCUACCGUCUCAUGUGUCCUUCACGGUAGUGGCGGGUCCGCUGUGGCGUGGCUAGCGGGGGGGCCUCUGCCG